AUGACUCCUCUCAUCAAUCCGACCUCCAUCCUUGUGGGCUUCAUGCUCUUGUACCUCUCCUCCUUCUUCGUCUUCGCCAUUGUUCGGAUCGCAACGGGGAUCUCCAUCCAGCGCGUCGGCUACUUUUCACUCCGGCGAAUCGCUUACACUCCGAGAGAGGGGCUUCACAUCGAAAUCCGCGGCCUUGGGUUUUCCUUGCACCCCCCGUCCUUCGCACAGCCAACAUGGGUCAGCAUUCGAUUAACGGACCUGAAAGUCACACUGGACUCGGCAUCUCUGCGCAAGAGCAAGGGAGAGCCAUCGCGCAAUAUCCUAGAAUCCCCUGACCCGGGCAGCCCAUCUGAAGAGACCGAACCGCCCGACCCUCCCCACCGUCGCAGCAAGACAUGGCAAACCCUAACGCGCAUCAAGGAGCGCUUGAAGCGCUUGCACCGGCAGAUCAAUUGGCUGGCCCUUGUCGACCUGAAAGCCGUCAACUCCACGGUGCAUUUCCUCGAUGCAGGACAAAUUCAGGUGGGCUCGCUCAGCCUGACGGUGGAUACCCGGAGUAAGAUGGUGGAACGGGGCAAGCUCUUCCGUCGCAAGAAGGACAUGUCGCAGGAGCAACGCCCGGCGGAAUGGAUUAUGAAUGUUCAGAAUAUUCUACUUGUGGUGGACGGCCGAGAACCGACGGAGGUGCUGGACAACGUGGGCGUGAAUCUCCAUGGACUGCUUUAUAAGGACUUGGAGGGACUGAGGGAUGCAUCCGUGGCUCUGAAAAUUGGACGCUUGCAUAUCCCCUACGACGAUCUGCAUAUGCUCAUCCAGCGCAUCAAACGCUCUCAAUCGUCUUUCAAGGGACCUGCGAACCCAGAGACGGACGAUGAGAUCUCUUUUGCUGACUUUGUGGAAGAACUGGACAAGCCCGGGAGCCGAGAUGAUGCCAUUGUGCAGACGGUAGCAGACUCCAGGGAGUUUGCGAGCUCUUUACUGCGGGGUAUACAGGAGUUCCAGGUAGCGCUGAGCUUCUUUCGAUUCUCCUGGGGUCUACAGUCUCUUUCUGCCGACCAGAACCCAGUUUAUAUGAAUGUGGUAUCGCAUGAACUCGGGAUUGACCUGAAUCGGAUGGACCAGAAGAGCCCAGAGCACCGCAUGUACUUCCAGCGCAACGAUGUGGCUCACCAAGCCCUGCUGGCUGCGAUCUCCCUUUCGGUUAGCUUGGAUGACGGCUCGGGCGAAACGGAUAACAUUCUAUACAUCCCCAUGGCUACGACGACCAUUAAAACCACGUUGCCAUCCAAGACGGUGAGCGCCUUUGACGAGGAGAACCCCGAGGAACGGAACACCAACGUCCUCUUCGCCAAUUUGGUUGUCACUUCCCCCUCCCUCGACUUGCAGCCCCAGCACUUCUCCCGACUCCUCAAGUUGGUGGAGGCACGAGCUUCCUCUCCUCGCCGCAAGAAGCAGAGUAACCACCACUUGAUCUCUCGAUUGCUUCCCAAGGCAAGCAUCAAGCUCUCCGUUCAUGAGCCCGUGGUCCGAUUUGUCUUGCCCAUCGAGAAAAAGCCCGGUGAACCCGGUGACUACAAUCUCCUCAUUUCCUCCAUCUCCUCGAUCUCGCUGGACAUUGAGUCCUCCCAUUCCUCCGAAGGCGGCGCUCACUACUCUUUGUCGUCGGUUUAUCGAGUCACAUCUCACAAGUUCUAUUACCAGACCCCAACCGGCGUUAAGCAUAACCUUUUGACAACAGAAAGCCUGGAGCUCAAGGCUCACUUGAACGCGUCCCCGGAAGUCUGUGUCAUUGCGUCUGGCAAUCUGAAUGAGUGCUCCGUGCACAUGAUCAACGGCGACGUCAAUCGUGGGAUCCGACAAGUGCUCGAACAAUUCCGGACGCACCUGCAACCACAGAAGAAGGUCCAGGUACAGGAGCGAAAGGCAAGCCCGUUGAGACAAGUCCCGCCGUGGCUCCUCCAAUUUCAAUUUGAAGCCACGGGAUUCAGCCUGGAGAUUGCCGGUGUCGAUACAACCGUAUCCAAAAUUGCUCGCGGUGUUUCUCUACAAAUGCAGUCAUGGACGGCGGAAUACAAAGCCCAGAAAACAGAACCAACGACCAGCAGCCUCACCAGGCGACGUACUGCAAGUCACUCAACAAUUGGAGAAGAAUCGCCAUUCCGCUUCCCCCCAACGUCGCCACCGAAGCAUGCACAGCGCGGUGCUACAGAUGGCCGACGAGUGGCGCUCCAUGUGCGUGGCUUCGAUGGUUUCGUCAUUGAAUCCGAAGACUACUUGGAGCCUGAACCUUUCUUCUCACUUCCCCGAUUUGAGAUCGCAUUGAGCACACUCAGUGACCGCCUCGGGCCGGUUCUGCACGUCAACUCCGUUUUUAAAGGCGUCUAUCUACAAUACUCCCUCUAUCGCUUCUAUUGCCUUGGUGUUGCAACUUCCGUGGUUCAAGACGUGUUUUCGCCUCUACCAUCUCACCAUGCGGGGACUUCCCAAAAGAAGACGCAGCACUCUGCUGCUUCAUCAAUUCCCCCACCUCCACCGUCUUCUCCAUUAUCGUCAAAGAAUGAGUUUGUUACGGUCGAUGUUCGAGUGACAGUCUUCCAGCUCAAGGCCUUCCUUCCCAACGAUCCUGCGAUGAUGCUUCAGAUCUAUGGAUUAGCCGGUACUUCUCAGCGUCUUGGGACUCCUCAUCUCAAAGCCAAUCUCCUUCGCUUACACGCAGAGGCGCCCAAGCUCAAGGGUGUCUGGGCAAGGAUCGGCAGUAUGAAUAAUGUCAGACUCGACUUUCGCAAGAUGAAGUUGAAACAUGGCAAAGAUUUGGUCGAGGAGAGUUCUAUUGACCUAUGGGCGGACUUCAUCCGGCUGGGUGUUCCCCAUCACAUGGUGAUGCAUCGCAUUUUCGACAACUUGAUCAACACUUCGAAGGCCUUCAAGCAGUUACACCAUCGCUUCAAGAAUCGCUCUCGGGAAUUCGUCAAAGCUCUGCUGUUCGAACUCGAAGAUGACGCGUUUGAAUGGAAGCUGGGCUGCAUCUACAGGACAGGUUUGAUUGAGCAGACCCAACGGUUGGCUCGCGAAGAAGCUUUCUAUCUGAAAGCCCACAAAGUCAAGGAGUCAGAUAACCGCCGCGCGACGUCCCGGUUACGGGCCAAAUCGAGCCAUCGCACUCUCCGCAGUGACCGAACUAGCCAAGAGACGAGAAGAAGCCACAGUGCUGAUACACGGCCAAGGCAGGACGACGCAGAUCGUGGGCGUGGAUGCAAAUUCCGCUAUGAUGCUGGAGGCGCGACUUGCCUUUCUUCCGAACAAAAGAUUUCUACUGAUGCUGCCUGGAAUCGACUGCAACAACACAAUGCUCAGGUCUGGAAGGAGAAGAUUGAUUCUGCGCUGAAAUUCCAAGGCACGUCGAUCAAAGAAGUCCGCGAGCUCUUUUCCGGAGCAGACGAGCCACCCGAAGAUGUGAAGGAGACGGAAACCAUCCUGGCCAUUCCGAACAGACCAGGGCUUAUGUCCGCGUUGAUCAGCGACGUGAACCUCGUUGUGGACAGACCUUCCUUCCCGCUCGAUGAUUACCCUGCGUUCCUCCACCGCAUUGGAAAAGGAAUGCCCAUGUCGAUGCAGUACGGUCUGCUUAUUCCGAUGAGUCUCAACCUGGAAAUGGGCGAAGCGCGCGUCAAUCUAAGAGACUACCCCUUGGAUAUACUGCACAUUCCGGCUUUGCGCCCAGGGCAAUCUCCAAGGCUUCCCAGUUGGUCAUUACGGACGAACUUUGUGAUCGCUGAAGAAUGGCGCGGCCAUGAAGCUGCAAGACAGGUGCAAGUCGAGCUUGUGCCUCCGUCUGAGUUGCCCGAUGGAACAGUCACUGAUCCGUACACCAUCAAUGUCUGGCGUUCCGUGACUCCCGUCAAGACCUAUUCUGACCCCGUUUUUGAAAUCAAUACCAGCCUGCCUACGAGCAUCUCAUGGGGCUGCUCGUACCAGCCUGUCAUUCAAGAUAUGAUGAAGAUCAUCGAAGGAUUCACCAAGCCGGAGAUCGAUCCCUCGGAGCGGGUUGGUUUCUGGGACAAGAUUCGACUGAGCUUCCAUUCUCGAAUUAAAGUUCUCUGGAAGGAAGACGGUGAUGUCCACCUUCGCCUCAAAGGUUCUCGCGACCCAUAUGUGGUAACGGGCUUUGGGAGCGGCUUUGUUAUGUGCUGGCGACGGGACGUCAAGUGGGAAAUCCACCCAAGCGAUGACCCCAUGGAGUUUAUGAGCGUGACUAGUGGCGAAUAUGUGCUGGCUAUUCCCGAUUACAGCGCCGAAGCACGAUGGGCAACCGAGAUGACCUCCGAAGACUUGGAAACCAGUUCUCAAUCCAGUGAACAGAAGAAUGCUGCUCACUUCAAGAAGGUCAUCAUGAAGCUGUCCGGUGAUGUCAAAUGGGCCGCCGGUUUGGUUUUUGAACGCGAUGUCGACAAGGAUACGCGGUCAUUCUCGUUCAGACCGCACUAUGAUGUCGUCCUCAAGAAUCCCAAAUUCGUCGACUCGACGGAACAGCCGAACUACGAUGCUUUCCGUGGGUUCCGCAGUGAUCAUAUUCACCUGUCUAUCGCGGUCAUUGCACCCCAGAGCCGAAACUGGUCUGUCGACGAUGUCCAGCCAUCUACAAGUUAUAACACCGUUCACUUGACUCCGCGCUUCUUCACCCAUUUCUUCUCUUGGUGGUCUCUCUUCUCGGGUGUUAUGUCCCUCCCUGUACGCCAGGGAUCGCUCUUCCCAGGACCCACCAAGACCAGCAAGAAGUUCAACCGCCACCUUUCGACGGUUAAGUACAAACUUCUUCUUGCACCUCUGUUCGUUGCACACAUCUACAAACACAAGGAUCGCGAGGACUAUGCCGAGAGUGCUGUGACCGCCACAGGAUUGAAGGUCCGCCUUGAUAGUCUGAAGCUUGACAUCCACCAAAGACGAGAGCAAAUCAAGACCCAGGCCCGUGGCCGCUCGAAACAGACCAAAACAACCGUUAUGCGGAUCAACCAGGCUCAAAUUGACCUACAGUCUGCCGAUUUCCGGGCUGUUUCAGCCGCAAUCCAGGGUACAACCCCUGAGGAUAUUGAGCAAAACCGGGAUGAUAUCAUUUCCUCCUUCCAGCAACCAGUGCCCUCUGUUGAUUUGUCUCGGUUCACAAUCCCCGAUCAGAACUUGGACUGGAUUGACAUGGAUGACUUUGUCGAGCCCGACUGGAUUCUUCCGCAAGAGUCAAAUCCUCGCACGCAGAUCUUGCCGCUGGCCUUCACUCCGCGGUUCACCUACUUCCGUCAGACUGAUUUCGGCGACGUCGGCCCUGAAGAGAGCGGUUAUAGUACCUUUGGGUACGAACCGACUCAUGAGUGUGUCAUGUCCGAGACCAACGAUCCUCGUCGCGUCCAGAUCGAGUUGAUCAAAGAUCGCCUUGCGACCGUUGAAGCACAGAUACGGAACUACGAUCGUACGAUUGGCGAACAGGAACUGAAGCUGAUGAAAGAAGGGGACCAGGGCGCGGACGAGUUGAAGCGUCAACAUGAGCUCUAUGUGCGCCAGUCGGAGCAGCUUACGAGACGACGGAGGUUCUUGACUCAUAGCCUGCAACGUCUCGAACGAUAUCUUGCGCGAGAUGAACGGACACCUAAAAGGGACAAGUCAGGAAACGGUGUGACUCCCAGCAACGCGUCCUCCCGGACUGGGUUGGACACGGAGUCUACUGUCGACGGUAAAUCUGGUAUCGAUGGGCUUUACUCCUCAGCCAAUGAUGAGUUUUCGAGCGAUUUCAAGAAUCGCUUCAUGAUACACAAUGUGCAGCUGAAGUGGAACAACUCCCUUCGAAACAUCAUUCUCCGCUACAGCCACCAAGUCAGCCAGCGGCGAGGGUUUGUUUAUUACAUGUCUCGACGAGCCGUUAAGUUCAUCCUUGAUAUCGUGGAGGAGCAGAACAGGAACAAGCGGAAGAAUCCUAGGAUGUCCAAGACACAAACGCGAAGCGACAAUGAGGACGAAAACGUGGACGAGCGCAUUGAACAAUUGCUGAACGAUGCAAAGCGCUACGUUAAUGUUGAAGACAGUGAACCGCCUGAGUCGACCACCGGAUCGACACCGCAUUCGGAAGACUCGAGCGAUAAUAUCGCACCAGAAUUUACACCUCAGAACAGCUACCACCUGCGGCUCAUUGCGCCUCAGAUUCAGCUUAUGAGCGAGAAGAAUCAAAAGUCAGUCUUGCUUGUGGCGGCCAAAGGCAUGCAGCUCAAGGUUGUGUCGAUCAUGGAUAAGGAGCGUGUCUGGGAUGAUGUUAGCGGUUUGGUGCAACGACGCUUCUCCCUCGAGAUGGAUGGCGCCCAGUUCUUCGUUGCAACACAGAAGAAUCUGAUGGCCCACUUGCAUUUCUAUGCGGGCAACAAAUACGGCAACUCGCCGGGCUCUGCGUGGCCGCCCUGGUUGACCCUAGAAGCUGUGUUUGACUUUGAGCUUAGCCCCUUUGGCUUCUCUCGGAUUGUGCAGAAGACAUCCGCCACCCUGCGCUACGACAAGUACAACGACCUUCGUCUGAAGUACAACGAUGAGGUCGCCAAAGGUCACACAGGCCCACAUCGCGGAGGUCGUGAGACUCGCAUGGAUCAGAUCAGUGUCGACUUCCCUCAUUUCCGCGCCAUUUGCGACUCUGCAGAGUACUACUCCAUGUACAUCAUCGCGCUGGAUCUCAUGCUCUACAGCGAACCGCUCGAGAAGGUCCGCAACGAGCGCCUGGAAAGGAUCAUGCUCACGUCCGACUUCAGCGACCUUCGCGGCGCCCCCGAAAUGGUCUUCAAACUUCAGGCACGUAUCCGGCAACUGGAAGAGAUCAAGGAGCAUUUCCAGAUCAACGCCAAGUACCUCGACAAACGCGGCUGGGAGGACCGGCUGGCACUUGAACGGGACUUGUCUCAUUGUGAGGAUGAGCUUUUCUUCAUGAUGAAGGCGAUCACCACAUCCCAGAAACGGAUGGAGCCGAGCUCGUCAAAGGGGAACGGCGUUUUGCGCUGGAGCAUCUCUGCGGCAGAGGUGGUUUGGCACUUGAUGAAGGAAGCAUCUGCGCCAUUGGUUGAGUUCCAGCUGCGCAACGCCCAGUACGAACGCACCGAUAAUACCGAUGGUUCCAACCACAACCUGGUGGCUGUGGAACGUUUGGUGGGUCUGAAUCUGUUGCCCAACGCCAUCUACCCGCAGAUCAUCGCACCGUAUCUCGACCAGCCGCGCCCCUUGGACGACCACAUGCUUCGGGUGAAAUGGCACAAGCUGGAGGCCGUCGCUGGGAUCCCCGUGGUGGACAAUUUCGAAGUGUCUUUGUUCCCGCUCAAAAUCCAGCUUGAGCGCGAGCUUGGCCAGCGAGUGUUCGAAUACAUCUUCCCCAAUAUGGGGUCCGGCGCGAAUGGUGGUUUCUCGCCCUUCAUGAUCAAGAACAUAAAACCGCUGGAUGCAGAGGACGAUGAAGAUGAGGGAUCCGAUACCGUUGGGAAGACCUACGUCCCUGACGGCGUUGAUGAAGACAGCACGUCCACAUUCACGGAGGAUUUGGAGGGCCUGCCAAAGGGACCUGGUUCUAUUGAAUUGCGGCUCCAGCCCACUCUGUCUCUGUCGGACGAACCCCCAUUCAGACGACGCUCUGGACAUUUCAAGGGUCUGGCGAUGACACCCAUCCACAAGGACAAGGGCCGACCCGGGGUUGCAGAGAAUAACAAGCGUCCUGCAAGCGCUGGCAAUCUGUCUAAGAAGAAAUCCGCGGAUAGCAUUCGCAUGUUGACGAAGCAACAGACCGACAAAUCCCUCUCGAGCCAGGCAAGCGAAGAGAGCAGGAAGAAGUUUGGCCUGAGCCGCAGCUCGUCUUCCAAGAAGGACAAAUCCAAAGAACCCACCGACGACCUGUCGCAGAUGAUCUCUCGAGCCUCGCAAUACAUGUCCCUGUCACGCGUGAAGGUGCACGACGUGGUCCUCUGCGUGAGCUACAAAGGCAGAGGUGAACACAACAUCGAAGAUAUCCACGACUUCGUCUUCCGACUGCCCGUGCUCGAGUACGGCAACAAGACAUGGUCGAAUCUGGACCUCGCGCUGCGUCUGAAGAAGGAUGUCAUUAAGGCGCUCAUCUCGCACACGCCCGCCAUCCUCGGCAACAAGUUCUCGCAUCACCGCCCGUCCAAACAGCAACAGAAACGCUUCCGCGAACUGGCCUCGUCGUCUCAGCUUCUGCGUAGCUCGAAUAGCAUCUUGGAUUCAGAGCGCAGCCGCAACGGAACUCCCGGCCAGUCGAGCAGCGUCGACUCUAAUAGCGAGUACUCUGAGUCUCCGUCGCGCAAGUCAACCCAGUCCAACCCGUCGCCGCUGGCUCGUUCCAUUUCUCUUGAUUCGGAAGCUCGUGAUGUGACCCCGGAUGAGGAGGACAGCAUUAUGGUCGAUUCUCCAGGUGAAGCGGAUGUCGAUGUAGAUCCUCGCUGGGAGGCAUCUCGCCGCUUUGUCAAUGUUACGGAUCGGCCUCUGACUUCGAGCGGGGCGAGCACAAACUCCGAAGCCGCCCGUGGGGCUGAACAGGAUGAUAGUAACAAAAAGACCAUCCGCAAUCUUGGCCGCAGGUUGAUGUCUCGCAAGUGA